AUGUCAGAUGAAAUAGAAAUGUUAGAAAUAAAUAAAUGUAUCUUGUCGAAAUUGUGGUAUACAUCUCUUGCUAUUUACCAAGAAAAUAUUAAAUGUAAAUAUCUCUUGCCUCAGUGUAAUAAUGAUACUGUAGAUUUUAUUGAACCCAGAACCUUAAUUACAAAUUUAAUUCAUUCGCAGAGUGAAAAUGAACAUCAAUGGAUUAUUUAUACAUUAUUACAGAAACUUAUUGAUAAUGCAACUUUAGAUAUUAAAUAUAUAGAAAAACAGCAAAAUUAUAUACAAUGGUUACAUGCUUUGUCUUUGUGUAAAAACUUGACAACACAUUUGAAACAGGGGUUAUUAAUGUUAUUAAAGAAUGAUUCAGAACAACAAUGUUUAGAAGUCUUUGAGAAAAUGCAUCAUGAAUAUUUUAUAUUUUUGAAGCAGAAUAUUCAUAAAAAUCCAACUAUUACAUGUUGGAUUCUCAAUGAAUUAUUAUUACUCUAUUGUAACGCAUCAACCAACAUUGUUUAUUCUUUACAAGAUUUAUAUUUUUCUCUUAUGAAAGAAUUAUUAGAAUUAAAAUUAUCUAAACAACAAUUGAUAAGUGAAAAUUCUUUUGGAUAUGUGUUAUGCAUAAUAUCAAAAAUGAACAUAAUUGAAUUUGAUACAGAUACAUUAUCAAGAUCACUCUUUCCCAUGUUGUUGAAAACUUGUGAAAUUCAAGAUGUUGAAUCUGCAUUAUAUUCAAGAACAAGUAGAACAUUUUUUAACAAAUGGUGUAUCUUCCUUAAUGAAAUUUAUGCACAUUCUGAAGCUGUUAACAAUUUGAAUGAUGCAUUGAAAAUUCAAGAAGUAUUGUUUCAUUCUACUUCUUCUUUUUCUACUUCAUUUGUAAAUAAAAAUAAACUGAUAGAAAGAGUAGCUAAUAUGAAAAUACAUUGGGUCAUAGAUAUUUUGGAUAUUUGCUACACUUUAAUAACAAAUGGGAAAUAUGAUAAUGUUUCAUCAGUGCUAUCCUGUAAAUUAUUGAAAACUUGUUGGCCUGUUUUAUUGUUCAAAGUUCUAAAUGAAUAUUCUCAAAAAGAAAUCCCUUUUAAUGAGGUUGAAGAAAAUUACGACUGUAUAUUUAACUCAAUUAAUUUUUUAAUAUCGAAAUACGAUUUUGAUGAAUUAUAUGACCCCAUGUUACACGAAUUGAAAGUUACAUUGAAAAAAGAUAUAACAAUUUUAGAAUAUAUUUUAAAGUGGACGAAAGAAAACAGUAAAAUAAAAGAUUAUAAUCAGCUUGAGGAAGUAACAAAAUCAGUUGAUUUUCAACAAAAGGGUUCUGUAAAGUGGGUAUUCAACCUUUUACAGUAUUUUAGUAGCCUUUCGGUGUUGAAGAUGACAAUAAAUAUACACGAAGAUGAUCACAAUAAAAUAAAGAAUUUGUUGGAAUAUCUUUGUGAACCAAAAAAUAUCUUUUAUGCAUAUUGCAGUAUACUAAAUGCUUUAAAAGCUAUUCUGUUAUGUGACAGUUAUAAUACAAAACAUUAUGCCAUUGCAAAACACUUUUCUAAUAUGAGACAUUAUGUACAAACGUUAUAUCCACUCAGUUUGCGUAUACAAGUUAUAGAAAAUAUAUUUUGUUUGCUGUUUUUACAACACGAAGAUUUUGAUCAUAUUCAAAAAACUUGUGAUAAGAACAAUAUAAACACUUUUGCUGAGCAAUCAAAAUUUGAAAAUAAAUGGAUAAGACAGCCUUCAAUGGGCUUUGUUUGUAAUAAAUAUGCAGUAAGAGAUAUACUAUUUCAUUUGGAGGAUGUUAUAUCAGUUACAGAAAUGGAAUAUACAAACUUGAAAAGUGAAAAUGAAUGUACAGAGGAAGUAGAUCAAAUUCAGAAACAUAUUUCUUUUAUUAAGGAAGCAAUAACUGAUGCAAAGUGGAGAUUAGCACUUUACACGAAUUCACAGUUCACUGAAAAUAUUGAUAUUAAAGAGGCAGAGAACAGUUGUCUAGCUAAAUCUAAAAUUAAAAUUCUAACAGAUAGAAAAUUAAUUUCCAACCGUUCCAAAGAAAAUAUACUUUUCUAUCAAGAAAACAGUAUCCCGGAUGAAAUAAAAGUUAAAUCUAAUAGUAGUUCCGAGUCAGAAGCAGUACAUAAUAAUACUAGAUGGCGAAAACGCUCUAGACAUAUACCAGCAGCAAAAGAAGCUACAACAAUAAAGGAUAUCACCCAUAAGCCAUCGUUUGUAAAUUGUUUAUUGGCAUCUAAAGAAAGCCUGAUUAUACGAUGUUUGUGGAAAAACGAUUAUGCAAGAGCUCAAGAUAUUAUAGAGACAUCCAAUAUUAAAAAUACUCAAUUAAAUGGAGAAGUGGAGUUUUCAAAAGCAUUACACAUGUUUAAAAAGAACUUGUAUAAACAGGACAAUACAUUGAACGAUAAGAAUCAAUCCAGGGAAAACUUACAGUCAUCUACAUUAGAGAAUCUAAGAUUAGUUACAAAAGAAGGUAUACAGUCUUUUAGACAAACUAGCCAACUUGAAACUUUUUUGGCAUCCCAGGAAAUUAAUUUACGAAUGUUAACUAUGGAAGUUCUUAACAGCAAUGAAGUAUUAACGAUAUGUGCAUUAGAUGUGGCUUUAACUAUGAGCCAGAUUUAUCCUAUUUCAUACAAUCUCUGUGAAGUUGCAAUGAAAUAUUUAAAAUUAUGUAAAACAUUUGACAAUACAGAAUAUGCACAUUUCUUUUUUACAUUUUAUCAAUUACUAUAUGAAAACAAAGAAGUCUCUGUAGAAAAUAUAUUGUGCGAUGCAAAAAUUGCAUUGUCCAAAAAGGACUGCAAAGAGAAAGAUGAUUUCUGGAAUGAAAUUAUGGUUAAACAUCAGGAAUUUAAAGAAUCACAGGGAAACAAAAAUAUAAUUAAUAAAAUUUUGAAAGAUAGUAAUUAUUUACCAGGUUUAAAGGUACUUGGUAAAGUAGCUACUGUUUCUUGUGGAAUUAAGAAAUACAUACAAAAUGUAAGCUCCCAUUUGCAACUUCUCCACUCAAUCAUUCCAGCAGAACAUGCAAUACUUACAAUUUCUGAUUUAUUAAAAAUUCCAUUACAUUAUUACUUCGGUUAUCAAAUAUUUGAACUGAAGGUUGAACCACAUAAACUUGAACCAAUUACUCAUAGUUUACAAGUUAAUUUAACUCACAGUAUUCUUACAAAUAUUUAUCCUAAAUUCUUUUACGAAAAAGAUAUAAAUUAUGCUACCAUUAGCAAAGAAAGUGGAUGUAUCAUUUUAAAUAAAGCUUUAUUUAAAUCGGAUAUAAGUUAUAGAAUUCAAGGACCAAAUCAAUGUGUUUCAGAAAUAUUAAUGGAAUUGCUACAAAUUUUGCAUAAUUUAAACAUAGGUCACUCUCACUUGAGUCACGAUAUAUGUAGGUCUAUUUCUAAACAUCCUGACGUUCAAGAUGUAUUAAAAAAAACAUCUCGUCUCGUAAACUUAGACCUAAGUGAAUUAUCUGUGGGAGAUGAUACACUAACUUUCCUUUUAAAUACAUGGAAUCUGAUGUAUUUACAUGCUACUUUAACUAUCUGGGCAAAUUAUCCUCCUUUCAAUAGUUUGCAACAUAUUAUCUCAUUAAUGUCUAUUGGCUACUUAAUUGGUGACUUAGGCCUAGUUACCCUUGCUGUACUUAGGUCAAAGUUAUUAGAUAAUAUGAUGUUAGAUAAUACAUUUUUUGUACAAGUUGAAGAGCUUAAUGAACCAGCAUGGCAAGAUUUGGAUAUCACUUACAAUCCAGCAGUGGUUUUUAUGAUGGCUAAUGAGUUUUAUGGAACCCCUUGCAUCAGAGUAUGCAACGCAGAAUCAUUAAAUAAAGAUCUAAUUAUUGCUUUUCACGAAUAUCUUGAUUAUUAUUCAUUAAGAUCUGAGAAAUCUAUCCAAAACAUGGAAACUCAAACAAUAAUGUUAUUACCUGAAAUUAUGGAACGAUAUCAAAAAUCCAUUUCUAAAAGUCAAAGAAGUGAUUCACAUAAUGGUAGUAAUAAUGAUAACUUGUUCUCAAUAAAUGACUAUUACAGAUCAUUUGAUAAACACAUAGUUGUUCAAUAUAUGCCAUCUUCCUACUUGUAUAGUAUAUUAUUGAAAUAUUCAAAUUGUCCUAUUGUACAUCAUCAAAAGCAAACUAAUCAGUAUAAGACCGUUUGGAAAACUCAUAUUAUAAGGUCAAGUUUAUUACAAUACCUAGAAAGUCAGAGUUGGGUUAUUUCCUACCUUUUACAAAGGAUACAAAAUGAAAAUCCAACUAUCUUGGAAAAUAAUUGUGAUCAUUUGAAACGUAUUGCGUGUCUUGAAAAUCUCUUGAGUUCAUCUUGGAUUGAAGAAAUGAAAACCUUAUUUGAAAAUAAUCAAACUCUCGCCGCUAUUUUUGAGAUAAUAUCAAUAAAAAGAUUAUGGUCACAUUUUGAAUCCAUGUUGAAUGAAAACGAAUGGAACGCUUGUUUGAAACUUAUAAAUGCUUUGCCAAGUCAUUUGGCUCUAAGCACAGAAGUGCAAUAUUUUAAAGAUAAAGUUAUCAGUUAUAUUGUUUCUAAAAAAGAUAGCCUGUUAAAUGUAGAAACUUUACAAUGUUUAUAUCAAAUUAAAGAUGUGUAUACAUUAAAUCAGACAGUACUGUAUAAUAUCAAUAAGUGGCACAUAUAUGUCUGUGAACAGGCUUUACUCCAUGCAGUGUAUCAUGUAGAUAAUGAUAAAUUACCUGUACACUGUAAAUUUCAACUAAAUGAAAUUUUAAAUAGAGUACUUAUUUUUCACAAAAUGCUUCCAUAUUGUGAAACUAAAUCUAAUGACAGUUGGUAUGAUAUUGUUUACUGUACAGAAAAAAUUGAUCCAUUGCAAAUCAUUAAGUCACUGAUAGAUGCAGAUAAAUUUGAAUUAUGCUUAGAAUGGAUGGAAUGUCAAGCAUUCUCUUUAGAAAUACAUCCUUCUAUAAGAGAAGAGUUUCUAAUUGGACUUUUAAAAAGUGAAUCUCAAAAUUUUAAGCAAACUUUGAAGUUUCUUCAAACAUUACCUUUGGAUCAAUCAGUUAAACUGUGCAAGAUUGUACUAAAGAAGUUAGAAUCAAUUGACUCGCUACAAUUUAUUUGUAAUUAUUUAUUACAAUAUUGCAAAGCAACAGAAACUAUAAAAUAUCGAAGAACCUUAUUAGGAAUUGAUAUUUUAAGUGCAUUAGAAGUUCAAGAAAGGCCACUAUAUAUUCAUCUUAUAAAGAAACCAUUAUUAAUGUUAGAACAAUUACUCAUGAACUGUAAAUUCGAAAAUAUUCAGAAAAUAUUAAAUAAAAUUCAAGAUAAAUUAGAACAAGUGGAUAUUUCAAGAAAUAACUUUGAUAAAAUCAUAAGAUUUUAUGCUAAAAAGUCAUUGGAUUGUCGCGUGUCUUUACAGUGUGACACAAGUGAAAACAAAUCAAGAAAUGUACAAUAUUCUGCUUCAGAAUCUGAAAAUGCUGAAUUUGUUAUGCCUCUGUUAGUUCCUACUAAAGAAGAAUGGGUACCUAAUGAUAAGGCUAGGAAAUGCAGUUGUUGCAAAAACGUUAUAUUUUCGAUGUUUAACAGAAGACACCACUGCCGUAGAUGUGGUCGUGUUAUUUGCGCAACAUGCUCCCAACAUCGUAUGCAAGUUUCUGGAUAUCCACCCUCUGUACUUGUACGUGUUUGUGACGAUUGUAAACGGCAAACUGUUCUACAAGCACAUGUCCUCCAAGGAACAUCAUCCACUCCAAGUAGCGAAGUAUUUGAUUAUUGGCGAUUGACAAGAGAUGAAAAACAUAAUGAAACUAUCCGAGAAGAAUUUUCAUUUGAAUAUGCGCCAAAUAUUUCUUUGUGUUUGGCUAUUCUUAACUUACAUUCUGAUCACAAAACGUACACUAGCUUUUUAUUAGAUUGUUGCGAUGAGAUGAGGCGUCUUUUACAACCCGUUAGUAAUGGAAAAGUAAAUCCUGAAGUGGAUCAUGUUGUAAUUAUUAAAAUGAUACGUUCCCUGUUGAUUGCUGCAAAAGUUAAAUGUGCCAAACUUGGUCUUAAUACCGGAUUAACACAUUGUGAUAGAUUUUUGUCACAAGUAGAUCUUAUUGCAAAUCUUGUCCAGUCCGAUUGUUUGCAUCUUAUACCUUCUGAUAAUUUAGACGAAGAUGAAUUUAGAUGUACAUUAAGAAAAUUAAGAGAUGUUCUAAUUGAAAAAGAACAAUGGACUCUUGCUCUAGAUAUAAGUACUAAAGCAGGACUGGACACGCAAGGUGUUUGGGCAACGUGGGGUAAAGCGUGUUUGAAAAUGGGAUAUUUUGAUCAGGCACGAGACAAAUUUUUCCACUGUUUGGAUAAAGUCCAAUUCGAAAAUUUUGACGAUUGGGUAAUUUUAUCAUAUCCGAAAGAUUCUGAAACUACGACAAAAGGAGAAACCCAAAAAUCAAUAACUAAAACAAAUAAAACUGACAAGGAUGGAAAUAUUAAAAUGGAUGAGUCGAGCUUAAAGAAAACAGAAUUCUCAAAAAAUCGACCAUUGAAAGAUCCACCAUUACUUACAGAAAUUUUACAAAUAAUAGAUAAUUUAAAUGUAUACAAGCAAUACGUGCACUAUCCUCAUCAGUAUAAAUCCAGUGCCUGUCAAGAAAUAUUAAAUAAUUUUGGAAACUAUACAAUGCCGAGUCAUAGGCAAUCAAAUCUUAAAAAUAUAUUCACAAUUAUGCAGAACGUUUAUUAUCAUGAAAGCCUUUAUUAUUUAUUAACUUAUGGAAGUUAUAAUUCAAUUUUAGAAUUUUUUUUGAAACACGAAGAAUUUAACAAGUGUCUUUCUUUUACUUUACAAAAUAAUUUAGAAGCUGAUUUAUUUUUCAAUGCAGUUUAUUUAUAUUGUUUAAGAAAUGGAAGUGUUGAGAAACUCCAAGAAGCUAUGAUAAAUAAAGAUUCAAGUCUAUUAAUCUGGAAAAAGUAUUUAAUACAUGUCUGUCACAGUUUAGAAAAGAAACAGUAUUUAAAUAUCUUGUAUCAGUUACAACUCUUUAUGAAAGACUCUAUAAGAGCUGCAAUGACGUGUAUUCGUUUUUACCUUAGCGAAAUAAGUAGUUACACCGAUUUAUGUAGUAGAGCACAUUUUUUACUCGAUGCCCAAAGACAUUUAGAAUCUGAAUUACAACUUGACAGCUUGAAUCGGAAAAGAAAAAAAAGCACAAGUUCCAUGCAUAGCAAUCAAGGAAUCUUAACAAUGGAAAUGGAUCCUUCAGAAGUAGAUAAGCAUAUAAAUACAAUCUGUAGACAAAUGGAAAUCACGAAAUUUUUAGGAAAUUGUGAAAAAGAAGAAAGAGCUCCUCUUCAGUUUUUACACUUGUUCCCAGGCAAGGAUCCUAACAGUUCUCAAGUUCUCGAAUUACCGACAUUAUUUGGUAGUCAACAGCAGAAAAUUGAUUUAGCAGUUCUAGCCAUUCUAUGUGGACACAAUAUCGAUGAAGGAUUUGGGAUAGCAUUUAGAAUAAUGCAAGAUUAUAAUUUACCACAGCUAAAAGUAUAUUCUUUAGCCGGACACAUCUUGACAGUGAAAAACAAUGUUUCGGCGAUCGAACAAUUAAUUAAAUGCUGUUACACCUCUGGAAUACCAAAUUCACACAUUAUAUCAGACUAUGUAUUGACACAUUGUGUAAAACUGUUACUGAAUCAUUUACACAAUGAACCAGAAUCGGUUUUAAAAAAUGAUAUUCAUAAUCUUAUCAGAUUAAUAACUGACAUAGAAUUGAAAAUAAAUGCAUAUAUUGAAUGCAAACAAUUGAAGGCAGCAUAUCUAUUAGCUGUUAAACAUUCAAGAGCACAAGAUGUAAGAAAAAUUUUAAAAGAAUCUGAUAGACUUGGUCAAACUGCUAUUAAAGCAAUAUGUAUCAAGUGGCUUCAACAAGAACCAAAAUUGUAAUUUUAGAGAAAACUAUAAAUGUAAGUAAAAGUGCAAUAUAUAUACAUUCCUCUCAUCUCUUUUCCAGUGAAAUUAAAUGCUAACUUGUGUCGUACUAAAUUUGAAGAAUGUAAUUAAUGAAAUUGAAAUUUUUAUAAUUUUAUAAGUGUUAAAUGAAAAUGUUGAAAAGUUAAGAUUUCUAUUUUUAUUUUUAUUUUUAUUAUUUAUAAGCAGCUAUUUACCUUAGUUUUAAGUGAUAUGAAAUUAAUAAUAUAUUCUCAGAAUCUACUGAAGUAUGCUGCAAUAAAAAAUAGAUACAAUAUUGGUCAAAAAGUUUAUUUAAAUCAUUGAUAUGUAUAAUAAUAAAUAACAAGUAAAUAAUUUUAAAAAAUAUCUAAUCUUAUAA